GUUUCUUUGUGAUCUUGUGAGAAGAUGAGAUGAGGACCCUCGGACAGGUGGUGCUUAAGUACGGGUGGCGUCACGUGCAUGCCCUCGUAUCUGGUUUUGUAAAGUAAUUUAUUAAUUUUACGUCAAUACAAAUGCAUUUACUCAGAAUGAAUUUUGUUGACGUAAAUACAAUGACUAAUAACUCUUGUAGGGUCGAGUCAACUGUAUUACUUUAUUGCCAGCUUUAUUAAUUACGGAUUAGCUAUGGCAUUCGGUACUCGUACUGGAACUGGUAUCGCCACUGCAUUUGGAACUGGAACUGGAACGAACUUCUGCCCUACUACCACUGCCAAGAUCUCAAUUUGCAACCAUCGUCACAUACUCAGAAUCUCCUUUUGGGCUUUCCAGGACUUAAAGUUGGCUUGAUUCUCUGGAAUUAGACUUCUGGUGUACGGGUCUUUGUUUUUAACGGUCGCAAUUCUGGCCCAGGAGGUCCGCUAGCUGUCCCGCCUGGCGUGGAUACCGUAGAGCAACCCCGUGGAUAGCUUGAAUAGGGGGAGGUUCUU